AAAAAAAUGGAGUCACUUGUUUCACUUGGGAAUUUCCUCACCCGAGGUGGAUUGGUUGCUCCUUCCAGAGGACAUCAAGGUACCUAUACAGCACAAACCCCCAAGGAUGGAUAGCUGAGAUUAUUUGAAUCGAAAUCAACCUAGCCGACCACCCGGACACUCCAGUCCAACACAGCCCAAUAUGGCUCAAAACACAGACUUUCUCACUUCAAAGCUUCCCACCAAGCUCCAACACAACUUCGUCCUAAACCCCAUCACAGCCCUCGCCUUCUACCACUCCCCCGAUUCACGCGUCUUCGUCCUCGCAGCCGAAGACAGCUGGCUGAAAAUCUACGACGUCGCCACCUCCCGUCUGGUAUCGCAGAUCAAAGUCUUUUACUCGCAGCCUAUUCACGGUCUUUACGUUUCCCAAUUACCACCUUUAUCUUCAUCCACAUCAGCGUCAGCAGCAGGAGAGGAUGAUGAACCACGGGUGCUGAUUUGGGGCGCCAACUCCGUCGCUGUCAUUCCUCAAUCUACUCUUGACAAGCUGGUGAGGGGGGAGAGCAGUGAUGUGGAAGGGGUGAAAGAGGAGAAGGCGGCGGAUUGGAUUUAUGAUGGGAUUUUGUUCCGGCCGGAUGUCUCAAAGGGCGGAGAGGGAGAGGGAGGGGGGAAGGUGCAAGGAGCAUUGGUGACGGCUCAUAAUGAGGUUGUGCCUCUUUCUAUCCAAGGAGGGAGCGAGUCGUCACAGAAGAUUACCUUUGGUCCGUUGACCUCGCCGUCACGACCGAUUCUGUACUCGGCGAAUCUCUGUUUGUUGGAUGACGAGAACACGAUUCUGGUGGCGGGAGGUACCGUGUUUGGCGAGAUUGUCGUCUGGAAGUAUUACCUUGAUGGGAGAGGGGAGGCAAAGAAGUUCGAAGUCCUCUACGUCUUUACCGGCCAUGAGGGAUCCAUCUUCGGUGUUUCCAUCUCUCCCGAGAUUUACCUUUCUAGCGGCGGCGAGAAGAUCAGACUCCUAGCCAGCUGCAGCGAUGAUCGGGCGGUGCGGAUAUGGGAUAUUACCGACUCCUCGCCGAAGGAGCUUCUUACUUCUGCUGCUGCCACGAAUGGUUGCUCUAGCGAGAAUGAUCACUCCAAGAAGGCCUUGGCAGAAGCGAGAGAGACCGGCUUCGGCGGCACCAACAACUCGGAAGUCAAACUCGAAAACCAAAACGACAAGGCGAGAUGUCUCGCUGUGGCUAUGGGUCACGUAUCGAGGAUUUGGCAGGUGCGGUUCACCGGGAGGACGCAGCAUGGAGAUGGAAGUCCGAUUGAGGUCCACUCGUUUGGUGAGGACGCUACGAGGCAGAGGUGGGAUUUAACACUGGAUCAGGCGAAGUGGAAGGAGGCGUUGGAGAGGGGGUACGGUGGUGAACAAGACACUGCUGGGUCUUUCGGCACGCUGAAGAAUUGCGGUGUUGUGAGUUGUCACAAUGGCAAGAAUAUGUGGUCGACGGCUGUGUCGGGGGGUGAUGGGCUGCCGACGUUGAUUGCGACGGGAGGAGCGGAUGGGAGGAUUACGAUGGCUGGGGAUCAAGCGGUGGUUAAGGGGGCGGAAACGUACGGGGAUAUUGACGUUACGCUUACGGUUGAGGAUGUUAUGAAGGUCGCUGAGGGGGUUGAAGAGGACUCGACCGCCCCUGUGGAAGGGCAAAAGAAGAACACGACGAAGAAUGGGUUCCAGCGGUAUGCGUUUCUGUCUGAGAACACGCUUCUCGCUACGACGUCUUCUGGCAGGCUCUUACACGGAACAGUAGGCGAGGGUCUGACAUGGAAGAAUGUUCACCUUUCGGAGACUGUCCUUGCCGACCUCAAAUCUUACUACGUCGUCAAGAGCCCGGUAGAGGGGACCGCAAUCCUCGGCAGCUCCAGCGGAAAAGUCUACCUCUUCCUUGAAGAUGGUUACGAGAUCAAGGAGCUACAUACCUUCCCCGGCAAGAUCUCCGACAUCCUCCUCAUCGAAGGCGCCCAAGAGACUCUGCACAAAGAACAACCCGGCGCCUGGACAGUAAUCAUCACCGUCCUCGGCCUUGACCACGCCCUCCUCAUGACCUUCGAACCCUCCACCUCCUCCGUCACCGUCGAUCCGCGCAAGAUCCACCUCUCCAGCGACGACGUAAACCCCUUCAUCGCCACCGCCGCCGGCUUCUGCGGUUCCAAACUCAUCCUCGGCUCUCGCGUCGGCGCUGUGGCCGUUUACAAAUCCACCUCCGACGACGCUUACACCCUCGAUUACUCCCGCAAAGACGCGCGCACCAAAGACGCAGUCACUUGCAUCGUUCCCCUACCGGGUAGUAAGACCUCCUUCCUCACUGGCUGUCGCGAUGGUCGGUAUAGGAUAUACACCCUCACCUCUACCCCUUCUGAUUCAACCACAUUGCAUCUCCAACACGAAAUCUCCCCUCCCCUCGGUAUGAUCGAAGGCGCCCGCUUCACCAAGACGAGGAGCACAGGCAUCGACCUCAUCAUCCACGGCUUCCGCGGCAAGAACUUUGUCGUCUGGAGCGAGUCCACCCGUCAAGAGCUCACAACCGUCGAAUGCGGCGGCGGCCACCGGGCUUUUGACGUCGUUUUUCCUUCGUCUGGCUCUGCUCCCGGCCCAUUGCGGUUUGUAUUCACCAAAGCCUCCGCUUUGCGGUUCUACAGCCAAUCCUCGCCUCCGCUGCGCACCCUCAAAGAAGGAGGGCACGGAAGGGAGUUAAGAGCUGUUGCUGCUUCUUACUCACCAGAUGGACAACAAGUGGGGAGGUACUUGGCUACUGCGGCGGAAGAUACGACUAUUCGACUGUGGCAGUAUGCUGAGAAGAAGGAAAUAACAGAAAGGGGGUUCAAACCGCUGGCGAUACUGGAAAAACACAGUGCUGGUAUCCAAGCCAUGAAGUGGUUUGGCGAAUCGCAUUUGUUGAGUAGUGCGGGGAAUGAAGAGUUUUUCGUGUGGAGGAUCACCAAACUCGAAUCAGACUACGAGGCGUUGGCGGUGGUUUGCGAGAGUAAAUACCCGGAUCGGUCAGCGGAUGGGGAUUUGCGGAUUGUCGACUUUGACGUUCAAGAAGCUUGGGGGGAUGGGGAUGAUGGGCAAGCGAUGAUGCUUAUCAGCUUGGCGCUAAGUAACUCCACGCUCAAGAGCUACCUCUACUCGACUGAGACUCAACAGUGGAAGUUACUAGCCGAGGGCCGGUACACGGGUGCUUGUCUGACGCAGAUUAGGCACUUGCGCGUCGCGGGCGGAGAUAUCCAGGUCCUAACGGCAUCGACAGACGGUCACAUGGCAGUUUGGUCUGCUGCUGCUGCUGUUUCUUCUACCUCAACCACCGAGACCGAGAAGGCGGAAUACCAGAUGGUUGCCCUGGCUAAGGUCCAUCAGAGCAGUAUCAAGGGUCUUGAUCUUUCUUCACCACGCUCUUCGUCAUCGGGUCAGAGCUGGUUGGUCAUUACAGGCGGUGAUGACAAUGCCGUCCACUUCACAAACCUUCAGUAUUCUUCUGCCGACAACACAUACAAGGUGUUGAGCAGGUCCAGAGUUAAGGAUGCGCAUGCCGCUGGUGUGACGGGCAUUUGUACCGUUAGAGAGGACGGUGAAGCGGUAGAGGUGGCUAGUAUCAGCAAUGACCAGCGAGUGAAGCUUUGGCGGGCGGUAUGGAAGGAGGGAAGCGAAGAGCCGGUCAAGGUGACGCUGUUGGAUAACCAGUAUAGCUCGGUGGCGGAUGCUGGGGAUGUGGAGGUUAUCAAGGAGGGGAGGUUGAUGGUUGGUGGAGUGGGGAUGGAGGUUUGGGAUUUUGGUGCCUAGCAAACGAAAGCAGGUUUAGAUAAAAGCGUAUGUUA